AUGAAAGAAGAUUUAAAGAAACUUCAGAAUACCUUGAAGGAGAAGUUUGCAACAAAUAAUAGAGCAAAACGUGCUAUCCCCACAGAUGCAACAAUUUCGCCAAGUGUCGUACCACCUUCAAAAUCCUUACGCCAUUUGACUGAUCAAGCAAGGGGAAAGGCCCAAAAAAGACUAUCAUUUGAAGAAACACAACCAACAUCAAACCCUGUACUCAUUCAACCUGUUGUACCCAUUCAAUUACCUUUGCCUAUGCCACCUGUUUCUCUUCAAGCUCAACCCUCAAUUGAAAACGAGCUAGUCUUUGGACGUGCACAGUGUGGGAGAAACAUUUGUCAAGUACAGGUAAAUAUGAUCAAAUUUAAUCAAUAAAAUAUUAAAAUUUAAUAAAUGAAAUUAGUUCAUGAACGUUCACUUAAUUCGGUACUUUAGGCAAUUGUGACGUAUGAAUCAGGCAAGAAAAUCGGAGUUUUGCCAAAAGAUCUUCAUAGGCUAGGAAAAGCUCUGGCAAGAGGAAGUGGUUACAAAUCUAUUGCGGACGCAGCUAUGGAGAGUGCUGAACUUAAGAAAGCCAUCGAGAACCGCAUUUGUUCUGAUGUGAACAAAGAAUGUAAAAGACUGUGCUCUAAAAAAUCGCCUUCACUCUUACGAACAACGACGAAGGACAGCAUUUUAAACUUUUCUUGGCGUAGUGUUAAGCAAGAACUAAAUGAAAACGCGCCAGUUUUUUAUCGUUUACUCCAAGCAUGCGUAGAUCCAAAAUCAUGUUUGAAAACUGGACAAAGUGACCAUGAAAAAGACAAUGGCAUAUGUACCGCAGCCGCGAUCCUGCUUAAGAAUCGAGACAAAUGCAUGAGCUUGGUUCCUUAUGUCAUCAGUACCAUUUUGGAGAUUGGGAAAACUUCUAAAAGGGUAGGUUGCAAUAGCUGAAUAUACCUAAUAACCUAAUUUAAAACAGUAAGAAGCAAGGUUUCCCUUUACAAGUAAAAUGCGUGGGCCGAAAAAGUGCUUAGAAAACCAAUUUCGUGGCAACCUCCUGGGGAAUAGAUUUUCUGUGGUUCAAUGCACAGUACCAUAGAUGCUCAAUUACCACAGAAAGUUCCCAAGCAAAAAACUUGCCAAACACCGAGAAAAUGGGUGAUCAGUGAUUAUCCUCUAUUAAAUUGUAUUACAGCAAAAAAUGUGAAAUUUUGUUUUCAAUUACAACAAAAAUGACUAGCAUCGUGGGAAAGCUUACAAAAAACUGCAUAUAAGACAUUUAAACAGUUUAUUUUAUAUCUCAAAUUGUUUUCGAGCUAUACGCUGUCAAAAACGCGUUUUUGACCUAGUACCCAGUAUUUUUUUCGACAUUGGCAUAUAGUUUUAUUUUUAUUAUUAUUAAGGUGUCAAACAAUGAAACAUUGCGUCUUAUUCAACUUUCAACAACAACUCGCAAUGCAAAUGGAUGAUACGAUUGCUUCUGAAACGAUUUACAUUGCAAGUUGUUGUUGAACGUUGUCCCGUGUGAAAUCACGUUUAGCCAUUACGACUUUUCACUGAUCAUUUGCUGUGUAUCAAAGUCUAAACUAAAUAAAUUAUUUAAAGAAUAUCUAAUCAUUUUCAUUUAGAGUCAAAAUUUGAUUUAUUAAAUGUGUCAAAUUAAUUAUUUUUUAUUUACAACCAAAUGAACCAACUGGAUACGCAUACAGUAUUUACAUAACUUUAUAAUGUGUAGUAAAAUAUAAGUAAUUUUUUAUUAUUCAUCAUACAGUAUAAUAAAUUAUUAAUACGUAAAUAUGUACUUCUACUUUUACAAAUCAUUUACUGUUUACACAUGAUAAUAGUGGACAUGCUCGAUGUUUUCUGUUAAUGCACUAUUGAAAAAAAGGUUUAUUUUCUUAUUAGGCACUUAUUAGACUAAACAAGCUUUGGAUUACAAUGUCUCCAAAAAGCAUCAACAGGGUUCUUGACCAACUAGGUGAGGAUUUUGAUAAACCUCUAAAAGAUUGGAAAGAAAACAUCACCUGCCAUCUUGAGAAAUGUUGUCUAAAUGCACAAGAAAUCCAAAGGUUGGAGAAGAAGAAAGAUGAGCUUUCGCAAUUGGCAGCAGCAGGAAACAAUGUUGGUGAGCAGACCACAGCAGUGUAUGAAUCUUUGUCAACCUUAAACAACGAAAAAGAAGAGUUGGAUGAAAAUCGGCCUAGUAGUUAUAACAUUGUGAUCGAUAAUGUAGACCUAAGAGUUUUGGCUUCUGACAUGACAUCAGAUAAUCAAAAUAGAGAUCUUCAUUGGUGUAACCACAAUGCGUACCUAGACCGAGUAAACCCUACUCACUUACCAGAUAAUGCUCCAAUAGCAGACCUUCAAGAUGUGCCUAACAGCACCUUCUUACCCAGCUUAGGUGACCAUAACUUAUUACGGGCUGACUUCACAGUAUUGAUUGGUAGAGUUCUGGUGGAGAAUUUGCCUGCGUUCAACAUGUUCAAGGAUGUCAUACCUCAACACCUAAAACAUGCGUACUCUGAGGAAAUGAAGAAAAAAACUGAAACGGUAACAUAAUUAUUUCAUGAAUUCAGAAUUUAUGUGCUUGAAAAUAGAAAUAGUGGACAAAGAAUUAUAUUGAUAUGCAACCAGGACGGGACUGGAAUUUGGUAUAAGGACAAAUCAGGACUAAAUGGUGAAAUGUACUGUAAUUAUCGUUUACUACUACAAGUAUAUGAUAGUGAGUCAGAUCAUGCCCAAGGUCAUUAAACCUAUAUUUUGUGGACAUAUAGAUAGUACUGUAUGUUUCAAAUUAAAGCAUGGAAAAUUUUUCACCUGCAGAAAAUUUGAUAUUUUUUCAAUGUAUACAUUAUGGGUUUCAGGUAAAUCUUGGCAUAAUUUUCAAAGAUGAAAAUUUGGGUGAGGACAUGAUUAGUAUCACAAGAGAACUGCAUGGAUUGGUGCCUGUUACAAAUGAUGAUAACAUGUUUGAUCGCGUUCCUGUUGUUGGUGACCAGAAAACGAUAGAGAGAGGAGUGGAAUCAUAGUUUUCUGUACGCAAUGCCUAUAGCAAAACACGAAGGUUGGAAGGCUUGUUCUUUCAACUCGCUGACUGGCAUCAUGAAAACAAGUUUCUGUCAGUAAGUGUUGCUUCCAAGAUAAUACAUAUGUAUUUUAUUUUAAUUCUAUUCUAUAAAUACUCUAAUUACCUUUAUUAUUAUAUAUUUUCAAAUUAGUUUCCCCUUGUCCGUACUGUACGUACGUACAAACAUACUGUAGUUCGCUGAAGGAAAGACUGACUUUUAUGAGUUGUAAUGGAUGUGCACUGUGACUACACUUUUCUUUUUCUAGUUAAUUUUCUCCAGAUACUACAGUGGUUCUUCAGCAACUGACAAGACAUCCCUUUUCGCUUUGAGAAACCUUGUGAAUUGGCGUGAUGUGGUCACUGAUGCCGAGCACAAACCAGCUCCAUGUAAAAGGUUUGUAAAUUUGGUUCUUGAUGCAGAUAUCAUUGCUGCAGCCCUUGAAUUCUUUGGUAUGGAAACAACAGAUGAUGAACCAACAAAGCACAUAAUCAGUGAAGUGUUGAAAACAAGCAUCAAAGCUGUCCGCCAACGGUAUUUUUAUAGAGUCAUUAAAGAAUUCAUUGAAACCUAUAUCGUGAAUGGAAAACUCUAUGAAAAUCACUUUUUUAACAUUCAAGCACUUCAAGAAUGGGAAACCGCACAAGCUAACCAGCCUAUACUUGCAGAUGGCAGGUACCCUUGUAGGUUUCCAGGGUGUUCAAGUUCAUACAAGUAUGAUGGAGUUAACAGGAGAAGGCAUGAAAUGUCGCAUGACCCUCCACCUACCAUCCCAGAGAUUCCAGCCAUGAUCAAUAUUGAACCAGAUACAAUGGAUACCACAUUCGAAGAAUCAGAAGAUGAUAUUUUCAACUAUCAUUGCGGAUUCAUGAACAUGGCGCUGUUGUUACGAAACUUCAUGGAUGCUAUAAAAGAAGGUGAUGGAGAAAGAAUAAUUAGAUGCAUCAAAAUGUUUCUUUUACAUUUUAAGCAAGAUGGGAGUGGCAGCACCAAGUAUUCCUUAGAAGCUUUGUAUCAAAUGUUUCAAUUGUAUGCGUUACUCAGCCCAAGAGAAGCACACAGGUUGAAAUGGAACAGAACGGUGAACAAUCAUGGCCGUGCAGGUUGUAAUGUAGCUAUGGAUUUAGCCUUGGAGCAUGACAAUCAUUUAGUUAAAGACAUGAUAAGAGGUUUAGGAGCUAAUAUAAACGAUAAAAGUGUUCGUAGAAUUUGCAGAGCGUUCUUCAUCAUUAAGUCAUUUUUGGAACAUCUAGACCAAGAGAUGCAAGUCAAAAAGAUCUCGGGAGAGCAUUGCAAAAAAUCAGUAAAGCAGGACUUGAAGAAAGUUGUAAAAACCCUUCAAGAACAGAAUGUAUUCAAGAAACAGUUAACUGGGGGGAAAUGUUUGCCUUUCCUGACUGCCCAAGAGACUACCUACAAUUGCUAA